AUGGACAAGGAAGCACUUGUGAACAAUGACGGGGACUUCCUCAUCGUGCCUGUAAAGGGCCGUCUUGAUAUCCAGACCGAGCUGGGUAGGAUGCUUAUCUUCCCGGGCGAGAUCGCAGUUGUGCCUCGGGGGCUGAAGUGGAAGGUUACUUUGCCAGAUGGUAGUGCGACCGGCUUUAUCCAAGAGAUCUUCGGGUCGCACUAUGAGCUCCCUGACCUUGGCGUCAUUGAUUCUCAUGGACUCGCGAAUCCUCGCGACUUCGAGCACCCGACCGAUUGGGAAAUCAUUUACAAGCUUGGUGGUCAGCUCUUUACUUGCAAGCAGGACCAUACGCCCUUCGACGUCGUGGCAUGGCACGGCAACUAUGCCCCGUACAAGUAUAAUCUGGACUCCUUCAUCUCUCUCGGCAGCCUUUCUUGCGACCACAUUGAUCCAUCGAUCUGUACGGUUCUCACGGCACACUCGAAAAACCCAGGUGUUGCACUCGCCGAGUUUGUAUUCGUCGGCGAAAAGUGGGACGUCGCCAAGAAGACAUUUAGACCACCGUACUUUCAUCGCAACACUGCUCGCGAGGUUGCAGGGCUCAUCUCCGGCGACCUCAACUUCCUGGACGACUUCGAGCAGGGUGCACUGUUCCUUGAGACUGGCUUUAUGCCCAAUGGACCUGUCAGUGAGAUAUGCGAUGUGGCUUCCGACAAGGAGUUGAAGCCGACAAAAGACCUCAAGGGUUCGCUCGUGGCGGUGUUCGAGACUAGCAUGCUGAUGACUCUUACUGAGUAUGCCGCCAACGGUGACAGACGUUAUCCGAGUGAAGGCGGGAACAAAGGUCUAGAGGCGAAGUUCCUGAGAUAUAAGGACGAAAUCUGGGCGGAUCUGAAGGCAGCUGGCCUGCCUAUCAUCCACGGCCUCUGAUUGAGCUGAUAACCGCGCUUUGAAUGUAGCAUUGGAAAUUAGCCGUGUUUACUGGCGGCCGUUCCAAACUCUAGUUCAUCUCCGAAGUAUUUCGUACUCUUUGGAUCCAUGAAUAAGGGUGUACACUAUUUUCAAGCAGUGAAAUGGCGUGGCUUACAAAUACCUGGCGAGCGACAAGGUGCGCAUGGUGCUGGAAUGCCGCCGCCGGCCUGCAAGAUCUAAGAAGAGAC